AUCAUGCAAGCUAACGUGGUCGUGAUGGGCACUGAGAGCGUGGGCAAAACAGCUCUUACAGUACGUCUGCUGACGCGGAGGUUCAUAGGAGAGUAUGGAGACAUUGACUCGGUCUACAGUCACAGAUUCAUAGUGGAUGGGAGGGAAAUUGCUGUUAAUAUUUGGGAUUCACCAUAUUCUCAGGACAUCUCGGUAAAGACAAUGCUCCUGCAAAGAAAACUUCAAUGGGCCAACGGCUUCAUCUUAGCCUACAGCAUCUGCGACCGCGCUAGCUUCAAUGCCGUGGUCCGUUUGGUGCACGCCAUCAAGUCUUCCCGAGGCUGUCCCAAGGCGCCCGUGGCCAUCGUGGGCAACAAACGCGACCUCCACCACCGUCGGACGGUGGCCAGCGAGGAGGGACGCCAGCUGGCCAUCAACGCCGGUUGCCUCUUCUACGAGGUGUCGGCAGCUGAGAACUACCAUGGCGUGCUGGCCGUUUUCCACGGGCUGAUUGGAAGUAUGAGGGACGCCAAGAGGCCGCCGGGUCUCAAGGGCAUUGUCAAAAGCGUGUCUGCAGUCUUUACCAGACGACGGACGGACUCCAUUUAG